GCGCCUCAAAUAAAGUUAGCUUUGCAAAAAUUGUAUGACUCUAGUGGUAAUGAUGCUAAGACAAAGAGUGAAUGUGAAAGUUUGGCUAAUUGUGUUGCAAGUUAUGAAUUUUUACUUGGCAUUGUUUUGGUAUGACAUCUUAUUUUCAAUUAACACUGUGAAUAAGAAAUUGCAAUCUAAGUCUAUGUGUAUUGGAUUUGCAAUGAAGGAAGUGAAAGGUAUUAUUUCGUAUUUUGAGGAGUAUAGAAAUAAUGGCUUUGAAUCUAGUAUAAAUAUUGCUAAAAGCCUUGCAUUUGAUAUGGGUAUAGAGCCUACACUUCCGACAAAGCGUCAAAUUUUUAGGAAAAGACAAUUUGAUGAGAACAAUGAUAAUGAUGAAGAAAUACAAUCACCCGAGGAAUCUUUUAGAGUUAAUUAUUUUUUGGUGGUUGUUGAUAUGGCAAUAAACUCUUUGAAAAAUAGAUUUGAAAAAUUAGAGGUUUUUGACAAUAUAUUUGAUUUUUUGUUUGAUUCAAACAAAUUAAAGUCAUUAGACAAUGAUGAAUUAAGAAUUUCUUGCAUCAAUUUUAAGACUAAUUUUUCUAAUAAUAAUUUGUCUGAUGUUGAUGCAGAUGAUCUUUUUUCAGAAUUAAAAGUAUUGCAAAUGACUUUACCAAAUGUGUUGAUGUUGGCACAUGAGAUUCUAGAGUUUGUCAAAGCUGUCGAUUGCUUUCCAAAUGCAUCAAUUGCUUAUCGAAUACUAUUGACUAUGCUGGUAACGGUUGCAUCCGCCGAAAGAAGUUUUUCAAAGUUGAAGUUAUUGAAAACCUACUUGAGAUCAUCAAUGUCUCAAAAAAUGUUGAAUGGUUUAGCUACUUUAUGUAUUUAGAGAACAAUGUUAGAGCAUAUUGAUGUAGAAACUAUCAUUAAUGACUUUGCAUCUAGAAAUGCUAGAAGAAAGUGAUUUGUUUAAACGUUAUUGUAAUAAUAAAAUUUCUUAGCAUUUAAUAAAGCCUUUUGUAAUUUUUUUUUGUGCA